AUGGACGCAGAUGACAGUCAGUCUGACGCAGUGUUGUACAGCUGUGAACAGCUGGAUGUGGACUCUGAUGGUUGUUCAGGCAUGAACGCCAUUCAAGAUGAAGAGCCCGACCUUCCUCCUGAUUUCGAGUGGUUAGAAGAAUUAUAUGAAGAGGACGGUGAUGAAAGCGAUGCUGACCUUGCGGUUGCGGCCGAUUAUGCUCAGAAGAGGAGUUGUGCCGAGACAGCACGGAUGUUCAAGCUGAGACGAAACCUGGACCAGCUGGACUGUUUUCACCAACAGAAGGAGCAUGACGUGCUGAAAGCCAGAGAGGAGCUGAAACUCUGUCGUCAGAAUAUCGAAGCCCUUUUGGAGCAGAGGGCUGAAUUGGAGGGAGAAAUAGAACAGCAGAAAGCUGCAGACAACGCCGUGUCUGUGUUUCGAUUGCGAUCCCAACACAAGCGUCUAUGCCAACAGUUGCAGAGUGAGGAGGAGCUGGAGGCCCACAUCUCCACCGAGCUGAAGCUACGAGAAUCGGAGUUGAGUGAGCUGGAAGUGGAACUUGGCAGGUUCUCCUCGCUCCGGGAGGAGGUGCAGCAAGAGGAGCAGCUCUUCCAGGCCCUGAAGGUCCAGAAGGCAACGGCCAGACUGCAGCGAGAGAGGAAGGUCGGCCAGAACCUGCAGCUCAAGAUCCAGCGUCUCAGGGAGAAACAGGCCUCCAUGCUGAAGAAAGAGGAGACUGAAUGUCAGAAGGAAAUAGAAGAUGCCAGAGCAAACCGCAAGAUAGCUGCCAAGUACUUGAAACAGACCAUUAAAAGGAUGCGGCAGCAAGAGGCCGAGAAGGAGAAGCAGAACAGGGAGUUCAUCGAAAAAAGGAUACAGGCUGUCCAGGCGCUGAAAUCUAACAUUGCAGCCACACAGGAGAGUUUACGGGUCCAACAAAGCAGAGCCAAAGCAAACGCCCAGAAGAAAGCGCAGCAGCAGAGACUGCUGAGAGAAUCCCUUCAGGCCCAAGGCAUCAACAGCGUCAAGCAUAUGCACCAGCAGAAACAACUGGAGGAGACCAAACGCAAACAAGAGCAAUUCGAGGAGAGCCACAAGUCAAAGAGGGUGGAGAUAGUGGCGAAAAUCCUUCAUGAAGAACAGGUGAUGAAGAGCAGAAAGAAGAACCAGGCACAGAUGCCCAAACCCCCGGCCACCAAUCGGUUGCCAGCUCUGAGCAGGGUGAGAGAGAAGCUCCUGCACUACCUGGAUCCCGUCCCUCCAGCAGCCGGCGGGGAGAGAGACACACUUCAGUUCAGAGAGAUCAGUGACGCCAGCAGCUCUUCAUCAGCUUCAUCUGAUACCGAGGACCUGAAGGAGGCCACCCAGCAUGAUGUGGACCACCAGAGCCUUGCUGACAGCUUGGCGGAGCCUGAAUUCACCGGGCUGUGGGACCAGAAUUUCAAGAAAGUUCUCCAUGAAAAACCUCCUCCGAUCCAAACAAAAGUGACACCAGAAGAACCUGCAGCGGCCAGUUCGAAAUUCAAGAGAGUUCAGGGAAAAGAGCAGCAGAGGCCUUCGUUCAUCAGCAAACCAGAUGUCGUUGUCUUCAAGGACUUUGACGUGGGGAAAACGUAUAAGAAGAAGGUUGUCCUGACAAACACCAGCUACUCCGUCAACCAGUGCAAGCUCCUCGGCGUCUCCCCUCCGCUGAAGGACUUUGUCUCUGUCAACUUUGAGCCUCCCGGCUCUUUGUCCACUGGGAUGUCCUGUGACAUGCAGGCUGUUUUCCAACCUAAGGUAAACGAGGACCUGGAAGGCGAGAUUCGGUUUGCGUCAGCAGCCGGGCCGUUCUCAGUGCCUGUCAGAUGCACCAUAAAGAAAUGUAAAAUGGAGGUCGACAUCCAGCUCGUUGAUUUCGGCUCACACGUUGCGGGCCAGACCAUUUCACGGACUAUCACCUUGAUCAACAAGGGCGCACUGGCCACCCUCUUUCGCCUGGACACGUCCACGCUUCCCAGUCCAGGAAGUAGCCGUGUCCAGAUGCCAUCCCACAGCUCUGCCAACACAUGCCAGGAAACGUUCAGUCAAAUAACAGCAAGCAACCAGGACAGGUCUACCGCCCUGGACGCUGAUGCUGGAGGAACCCAAACCGAUCAGCGGAGUCAGCUGCUCUCCGAAUCUUUACAGCAAAAGCAACCAGCAGGUCCAGGAGCUCAUCCUGAGAUUUGUAAGUCCUCACUUGUGGACAUCCAGACAGAUCCGACCGCCUCAGACUCCAGCGAUAUAAGACUUGGAAAUGUGAGAGAGGGAGAGAUUGGACCAUUUGAAAGCAUCAAACUGGAAAUCAUCUUCAGCCCGACUCUUCCCGGAGAGACCAAACUCGACUUCCACAUCAAAUUCUCAGACAAAACAACCAAACCUAUUCCCAUUCAGGUGAGGGGUGUGGCGGUCAGCGUCCCGGUGUGGGUGGUCCGUCCCAGUGUGGACUUCAAGAUCUGCUGGUUCGACCGUCUUUUUCAAGACACCGUCACGGUUCAGAGCAGGGCCAGCACAGCCUUGAAACUGACCUUUGAGGUGUGUCCGGAAAUGAGGAAACACAUGGAGAUCCUCCCGAAGACGGGCUUCGUUCAGGCUCAGUCAGGCUUUAACGCCCAGCUGAAGUUCACGCCAAGACGUUCGCUCGCCCAAGAUGCCGGGGAGUUUUUCGACAGCGAUACAGGAGUCCUGGAGGUCCCGAUGACAGUUCAGGUCGCAGGCCAGGUGCAGCCUGCGUGUUUUACCGUGCACGCCGUCGUGACGUCCUCAGACCUGCAGUUUGACCGCACCGACGUGGACUUUGGCUUCUGCUCCAUCUCCCAGUCGGUCAAGAGCAGCGUCCGCCUCACCAACCUGUCUCUGCUGCCGCAAGACUUUGGCUUCUUGGGUGUCCCAGAGUUUAUUGAGGUCCAGCCAAAUGAUGGGUUUGGUACUCUACUUCCUCAAGAAACCCUGGAGAUCCAUCUGAUUUUCAGUGCCAGAUUCGCCAGAGAGUACCAUUUCCAACUCUGCUGCAAGUCUGGAAUAAACAGGGAUUUUCCGCUGUCAUGCCGAGCGGUGGGCGUGCAGCCGCCGCUGGAGCUCUCGCACUCCCUGGUGCAGUUUGGGGCCACGGCAGUGGGCGACCACUCCACUGCCGUCCUCCACCUGAUCAGCCGUCAGAACGACCGUAGCCGGUCUAAACAGGCACCGGCCCCCGCGGGUCCCAGGUUGUUCUCCUUCGCCGUUCCUGAGGGCUCGGACCUCAGCAUCACGCCUGCAGCAGGACGUCUGCUGCCCGGGGAGAGAUGUCCCAUCCAGGUGACGUUCCGGCCCAGACUGCUGGACCAGGAGAUCAAAGACGAGGCGCUGCGUCUCGUCCACCGAGCCAAGUUACUCCGGGAAAAGGAGCUGCAGAGAAACAGACUUGCUGAGCAGGAGGCUAAAAAGGAGAUCUCAGGCAAAAAGGUGCCUGGGAAUGCAAAGAGCAGGAAGAUGUCGGGCACUCCAAAGACAGAGAGCCUCCCUGAAUCACCAGAUCCUGUCGAUAUAGAGCCUGGGUCAGAGCAGUACGAGAACGCCAAGGCCUCCCUGUUGUACUCCUUCAGUAAACGCUACACGGAGCACACCGUUCCCUGCUUCGUGUCAGACGGAGACCCUCCGGAGGACGACGGACAGGUCCAGCCAGCAUGGAGUACCUUCAACACGCUCUACCUGAGGCUGGCGUGUCCCGCUGUACAGCCCCCUCUAGUGGUGCUGUCAAACAGCGGACACGAUCUCAUCGACUUCCACCAGGUAGCAGUGGGGGAGAAAGUGAUUCAGCGGGUUACAGUUCAAAACAUUUCAAAGGAACCUUUGGAUCUGAGGUCGUCGGUGUUGGACAUAUGCGGUCCUUUUUCCCUGCUCAAUGCUCUGAGACGUAUCCGACCAGGAGAGAAUCACACGCUGAUCUUGGCGUUCAGUCCAGCUCUGGACAAAAAGUAUGGCGAGGUGCUGGAGGUGCGCAGCCAGAGGAUGACCCUGACCCUGCGGCUGCGGGGAGAGGGAGUCGUCUCUGCCGUCACCUCGUCCCACUCUGGAGGGAUCCUCGACUUUGGUUACGUGUUGGAAAAGGAGACGGUCUCACAAGUGGUGAAAUUGCAGAACGACUCGGUGCUGGCAGUGGGUUUCCGGGCCCUGCUGGAGAGUCUCUCUGCGUCCAGGCCUCAGGGGGGAGUUGAACAGGUUUCCCUCCUGCUGGACAGACAUUCCCAGGUCACCCCUGCUGCAGGAACUCAGAACUACAGCGGCCUGAGCGUGUUCAGCGUGGCGCCAGCAGAGGGCAGCAUUGCUCCAGGAGACAGUCAAGACAUCACAGUCAGCUUCCAGCCGGACCACCCUUCCCUCAACUACCACGACAGACUCACCAUAGAGCUGCUGAAUAAGACCAAAGUGUGUGUGAUGGAUCUGAAGGGCGCAGCCUCUUCACACAACACGUAUCUACACGGCGGAGACCUGCUGACUGUCCCCAUUGAGUCUCUGCUCCCUUCGCUCACAGCCAGCCCACGUCUGCACACAGCCGAGUCAGGCAUGAUGGAAGGUCCCAGCGUCCCUGUACUGGUGAGCCUGCAGGCCAGCUACAGCUGUGGGGUCCUGAGUCCUGCAGUCAGGGAGCUGCAGGUGGGCUGCAUCCACUCAACACAGGCCAGUAAAAAGACUGGUGAGUUUUACUGGGAUAACCUCACAUCCCUGCAGCAGCAAGGCUUCAGCAUCGAGCCUGUUAAAGGCAGCUUGGAGGCGGGUCACAGACGUACCAUCACCAUCAGGUGGAGUCCCUGCGCCGGGUACAAGCCUCAUGAGGUGGUGCAGGCGUGCGCGCCUCUUACCGUAAAGGGCGACGAGUCGACUGUUUACAGAGUUACCCUCCUGGCUUUGGUCUCUGUGACUGCCAGCUGACCUCCACGGCCCCGGGACGCGGGCCAGCAGGAAGU